UCCACUGAAACUGAAUAGCUGACUGUAUCUACAACAAGAGAAAAAGAAAAUAGCUGUCUGCUCGUAAUGCUUUGUUUAUGUGUGAUGAGCAAACAUCUUUUGUUACAGAUUGUGCUGAUUAUUCCUGAAAGUUUACAACAUUUACUGAUGAUAUUAAACGCACCAGUUUUGAAUAAAGUAUCAUCAACUGAAAGCGGAACAUUAUAACUCUGCACAUCCACCGUCGGAACUUAACAGUGUGACAUCCAGCGGAAGUAAACAAACACUACAGCUGUUAGCAGCGUUAGCUCUGUGCACGUGACGUUAUUGAAUGAAGUGAAGACGGUAUUGUAGCGGUGACACAGUUAAUUAUUUCAUUUGUAAUUAAGCAACAAUGUCUUCAGUUGAGUGUUUGAGGGAGUUUGUCAUCGAGCGACUAAAUGCUGCUGCUGAAGAAAUAUUUGGAGUUUUUCAAAAAACUAUCGUCGAGUACGAAGAAGAGAUCUCUCGUCAGCGAAAACUGCUGGAUAUCGUUUGGAAACCUGAAAUAAAGUUACAUAGGAUAGAUCUCCAACAGCAACAUGUCUGUGAGGAAGAGGAGGAGGUUCUCACUGACCAGCAGCUCUGUAACCAGGAGAGGAGCUCCAGUCUGGACCAAGAGGACCCAGAGCCUCUACAGAUUAAAGAGGAACAGGAGGAACACUGCACCAGUCAGGAGGGAGAGGAGCUUCUGCUAAAUGUGGAGGUUGAUACAUUUGUGGUUACUCCUACUGAUGAGGAAAGGGACCACAGUGAAGCAGAACCUGAAAGUGACCACAGUAAACCAGAACCUGAAAGUGACCACAGUGAACCAGAACCUGAAACUGACCACCAGAUGCUGUUGAAGAACUUUUAUGCAGCUGAGAGCCAAGAUCAGAAAAGAUACAAGCAUGAAUACUCCACUAGAGAUGUAGAGUCAGAACAAAACAAUCAACAAUAUGAAAACAAAAGUCACAGUACCAUCAUCUACAACCUUAACUUGUCAGGGGCUGACAGUUAUAUUCACAAACAGUCUUUUAAAUGUAACACUUGUGGAAAGGAUUUUAAGUAUAAGUCAGAUCUUCUGAAACACAUGAGAAUACACACAGGUGAGAAGCCGUAUCUUUGCAACACCUGUGGGAAAAGAUUCAAUAUCGUAUCAACAUUGAAAAAGCAUCAGAGAAUUCACACAGGUGAGAAGCCAUAUGUUUGUACAACAUGUGGGAAAGCUUUCACACAGGGAUAUCAUUUGAAAGUACACAGACGCAUCCACACAGGUGAGAAGCCGUAUACUUGCACAACAUGUGGGAAAGCUUUCAGACAGCAGAGUGGCUUGACAAAACAUAUUAGACACAUCCACGCAGGUGAGAAGCCGUACACCUGCAACCUGUGUGAGAAAGCAUAUUGCCAUCUGACUUAAAAAAGCAUGUGAAAAUACAUGCAGGCCAAUAGCCGUUAACUUGCAAAUCAUGGCACCUUUCACACAUAGUGGUUACUUUACAGUCCAUGAGAAGAGCCAACACUGCUGACCUUUGCAAUGUUUGGCAAAACCUCUAAGAUGCAGACAAGAAGCUUUGUGUUUGCAAAACAUGUGGGAGACUAUUCUUUUCCAGUGGUUCGUGUUCAGAACUGAAGAACUCACUGACUGACUGUUUUGUAUGACCGUAUGAGAAGUCCUAUUGUAUAUAAAUGUGUCUUAUUUUUGCUGUUUUAUACUGUACACUACUUCACUGUCUGAUUUAUAACUGAAUUAGCAAAUUGAAUUAUCAGAAUUUGUGAAAUGUUUUUUAUACAUAAUAUGUAUGUUUGUACACGCACACACACACACACACA